AUGCCCGAGGUGCGGCUUCCGCGCACCCUUGCUCGGCCACAGUUCACGCCGGUGUCGCCGGCCGCGAUUGCUGCGCUCGACCCCGAUCUUGCGGGGACGCCCAUCGAGUACAUCCGCAAGGGUCUCCAAGCCCAGGCAUCUCAGAUGCUAGCAAGCUGCUCACAGCUUCCCGCGCUCCCGCCGACGAUCCCGUCGUCGCGUCUGCCGCCUUCUCUCUCGAUACCCGUCGCGCCGAGCGCUUCGUCCCCGACGCAUCUUCUCGCCGUGUCCACCAUUGGCACCAAGUCUACGGCGGUGACCACCGUCCCGACCCACCACCUCGUCCUCGCCGCGAACUGUGCGCAUCUCCCGGCAUUCCCCCGCGCCGCCGCGCCCUCGUCGCGUACGCAGCUCACCUUGCCCGUGACGCCCAUGGCCGUGCCCGCCGCCGAGGCCUUCCCCACGCUCCAUCGCUACCUCUACACCAAAUCCGUACCGCAACUCCUCACGGCGCUGACCAACCUCCAAAUUACGUCGAGCGUUCUCAACGCUGGCACGUCCUCGCGCCAGGUUCCAGGUUCCACCCGUGCCCAGCUCUCGCAUGCGCUUGCUCAAAGUGCGGGCUACGACGCCCAGAGGCUCAUGAACCUCGCCCAACGCGUGAACGGCUUCUGGCGGAACGCGUGCGCGCUCGGCGUGUUCGAUACGGAGAUGUGGGACGCGAUGGAUCUCGCGUGGGACGUCAUCCUCGGCGCGCUCAACAUCGUCCUCAAGGGGCGCCAGUGA